AUAAUGUGGUUGAGGCUCCACACACUGCCCACCCUGACUGGAGCUGUCAAACCGGGUUGCAGAGAGCUGCUGUGCUUGUUGCUCAUCGCCGCGAUGGUGAGCCCCAGUGCCUCAGGAGCAUGCCCCUCUGCUUGCAUCUGCGCCACGGACAUCGUCAGCUGCACCAACAAAAACCUGUCCAAGGUGCCUGGGAACCUCUUCAGACUGAUUAGGAGACUGGACCUGAGCUAUAACAGGCUUGGGCUGCUAGAUGCCGACUGGAUUCCCGCGUCCUUGGUCAAGCUCAGCACCCUGAUCCUGCGGCACAACAACAUCAGCAGCAUCUCCGUGGGCAGUUUCUCCACGACUCCCAAUUUAAAGUGUCUUGACUUAUCGUCCAACAGGCUGAGGUCGGUGAGGAGUGCCACGUUCCAGGAGCUGAGGCUGCUGGAGGUGCUCCUCCUUUACAACAAUCACAUUUCCUCUCUGGACCCGGCAGCAUUCGGGGGCCUCUCCCACUUGCAGAAGCUCUACCUGAGUGGGAACUUCCUCACCGAGUUCCCUAUGGAUCUGUAUGUCGGGAGGUUCAAGCUGCCCGAUCUGACCUUUUUAGAUGUUUCUUAUAACCGAAUCCCUUCCAUACCAAUGCACCAUAUAAAUUUAGUGCCAGGGAGACAGCUGAGAGGCAUCUACCUCCACGGGAACCCGUUCGUCUGUGACUGUGCCCUGUACUCCUUGCUGAUCUUCUGGUACCGCAGGCACUUUAGCUCCGUGAUGGAUUUUAAGAAUGACUACACCUGCCGCCUGUGGCCGGACUCCAGGCACUCCCGUCAGCUGUCCCUACUCCAGGACAGCUUUCUCAACUGUUCCUACAGCGUCAUCAACGGGUCCUUCCACGCGCUUGGCUUCAUCCACGAGGCUCAGGUUGGGGAGAGAGCGAUCGUCCACUGUGACAGCAAGACUGGCAAUGGAAAUACCGAUUUCAUCUGGGUGGGUCCCGAUAACAGACUGCUGGAGCCAGAUAAAGACACGGGAAACUUUCGUGUGCUUUACAAUGGAAGUCUGGUCAUAGAGAACCCUAGUUUUGAGGAUGCUGGAAUUUAUUCUUGUAUUGCAAUGAAUAGGCAGCGCCUGUUGAAUGAAACUGUGGAUAUCAUGAUAAAUGUGAGCAAUUUCACCAUCAGCAGAUCCCAUGCUCACGAGGCAUUUAACACGGCUUUUACCACCCUCGCCGCCUGCGUGGCCAGUAUAGUCCUGGUACUACUGUAUUUGUACCUGACGCCAUGCCCGUGCAAAUGUAAAGCCAAGAGACAGAAAAACAUGCUGACCCAAAGCAAUGCCCACUCCUCCAUCCUCAGCCCGGGCCCCGCUGGCGACGCCUCUGCUGAUGACCGGAAGGCAGGUAAAAGAGUGGUGUUUUUGGAGCCCCUGAAGGAUACUGCAGCGGGACAGAAUGGGAAAGUCAAGCUUUUCCCCAGUGAGGCCGUGAUAGCCGAGGGCAUCCUGAAGUCCCCGAGGGCGAAAUCGGACUCAGACUCGGUCAAUUCUGUGUUCUCAGACACACCCUUUGUGGCCUCCACCUAACCGUGUUGCCUGUGUCUGUCCCGUGUCGUGGUUCACUCUCUCCCUGUUUAACUUCGUGUGGUUCCACAAAAUCAACAGCAGGACAGAAACUGUUUUGUCUUUUGAGAGAAAACCAAAUGGUGUCUUAAGAUGGUUGCUAGGAAGUGAAGCCGAGCACACUGGUUGCUCACUGUGCUGGGGAAAGAUGUGGUUGAUUUUGAGAGUUCAAGUUCUGGAUAGCAGCUUCAGCUUAGCUUUCAGCAAUGCUGCUGAUGCCAAGGCUGGCCUGAAGGCAGUGUGACUGGCCAUUAUCCCUCUAUUCAGUUAUCUUAAAGGAAGAGCAAAGCUAUGUGCUGGCACUCUUUAAAAAUAGACUGUUGUCUUACUAGAACCAAAGUUGAGCUUUUUUAAAAAAACAUUUUUUUUUUUUUUAAGAAAAACACUAGUGGCUUCUUUUAUUUUUAAAAGAGGCAGAAGGGAAGAAAUGGUUAUUUAUAAAGCAUUAAGUUGGCAUAGAGGCUUUUCAGCCAAAAUCACCAUUUCAGACCAGAAUGGACAGACUCUAACCACGUCCACAGCUGUGCCACAUCCUACGUAGUUCGAAGCAAGUUGUGCAGAAAGGUGUCGUUGUUUAGCUGUCUUCCUUCUCCGCGUUCUCUCUGCUGUAUCCAGGUACAAAUGAUCUCACAUGUGUCAGUACCAAGAUGUCCAGGUAGCCCCCGCUUGUGUAUAUGUGAAACCCUAAGUUAUAUGACCUGCUAAAUAGACCCGAUGUACUGUGCUUUAGACCUUUAAAUCAGUGUAAAUACAUGUACUCUGUGACCUAA